UUUCAUCUAGCUUCUCCUCUUCGUAUCGUGUUUAAUAGGAUGAGACUGAGAUUCUCCGAUUUCGUUUUUCUGGUGAUCCUGUUUUCUUACAUUCAGUUCGGAAUUUCUGAUCGGGUCUCUGGAUCUAAGCCUGAGGCUUAUGUUACUCUUCUCUAUGGAGAUGAGUUCCUACUCGGUGUUCGAGUUCUCGGCAAAUCGAUUCGGGACACUGGCUCCACCAAGGACAUGGUCGUUCUCGUCUCUGAUGGCGUUUCGGAUUAUGCCAAAAAGCUCCUUGAGGCGGAUGGUUGGAUUGUGCAGACUAUAAGUUUGUUAGCUAACCCCAAUCAAGUACGGCCGACGAGGUUUUGGGGCGUUUAUACCAAACUGAAGAUAUUUAACUUGACAAACUAUAAAAAAGUUGUGUAUCUUGAUGCGGAUACUAUUGUGGUCAAGAGUAUUGAGGAUCUCUUUAAAUGUAGUAAGUUCUGUGCAAACUUGAAGCACUCUGAACGGUUAAAUUCUGGAGUCAUGGUAGUGGAGCCAUCAGAAACAGUUUUUAAUGAUAUGAUGAACCAAGUGAACACCCUGCCUUCUUAUACUGGAGGAGAUCAGGGUUUUCUGAAUUCAUACUUCCCUGGAUUUGCAAAUGCACAUGUUUUCGAGCCAAACUUAUCAUCCGAUGUGAUGAAUUCUAGGCCAGUUGAAAUGGAGCGACUUUCUACCUUGUAUAAUGCAGAUGUUGGCCUGUAUAUGCUGGCCAAUAAGUGGAUGGUAGAUGAAAAAGAACUCCGGGUUGUUCACUACACGCUUGGACCCCUUAAACCAUGGGACUGGUGGACAGCAUGGCUCUUAAAACCUGUUGACCUUUGGCAGAAUGUUCGGGAACAGCUUGAGGAAUCUCUUCCAGGAACAGGAGGGGGCAGAAACCCGAAGGACAGUAUUUUAGUCAAAUUUCUUUUUCUUCUUCCCCUAUUUGCUCUGGUUUUCUUUUACUAUCGGUCUUUUCUUCAGCUACAGAAGGAUUUUUUUGGUGUACCAUGUAGAAGCUCACUCUGUGAUCGACUUAGACAACUUUACUACAAAUAUAGAGCUGGUGGUGGACUUUCAUAUUCAACUGUUGGUGUUUCUUCAUCAUCAAUCAUUGAGUCCAAUCAAAAGUUCUCUAAUGGAAUACAAUCCAAGGUACCUGCUUAUCUAGUUGGAGUCUCUGUUUUUAUCUGCUUCAUUUCUGCUGUGGUGUCCCUUGCACUUGCGCUUGUAGUUGUCCCUCGGCAAGUGAUGCCAUGGACAGGUUUGCUGCUGCUGUAUGAGUGGACAUUCACUAUCUUCUUUAUAUUGUUUGGAAGUUAUCUCCAUUUGAUUUAUCUAUGGGGGAAGAUGACGGCAGCUCAAGCAGGAUCUUAUCCUGCUCACCAUGAGUCUUCUGACUAUGAUUAUGGAAAAGGUCAUCAACGGCGGGCGUCCACUUGUGAUGUUGCAACGUGGUAUUAUGGGUUAGGGAUGGCAUUACUAGCUGUAGCUGCACCUUCACUCCCAUGUCUUCUUGGGAUAACUGCACUGUUUGUGAGGUUAGGAUUGAUGGUUGUAGGAGGUCUAGUCUUGGCUUCUUUCAUGACAUAUGCUUCAGAGCGCCUGGCAAUCAAAGCAUUCUUAAGAGGCCUUGAUGAUAGAGACCUGCCACGUACAAGAAGCUCAUGCUUCUGCUGACCCAGACUUUUGAAUUAACCUUGUAAACUAUUAGCAGAAUUCAGCAAGAAACCACCUCCCUCCCCCUAAAAAAAAAGAG